UCUCCAGCCGUAUCUCAACUUUAAUUCCUCCUGCACAGUGUGAGUGGGAGGACAAGGAGGAAGAGAUGGAACAGGGUUGAUAAAGCGAUAUGGCCUCAGGAAAAUACAUUAUUUAUGUCUCAGUUUGCAAUAUUAUUUUAUUGUGAUGGUAAUCAUUUGAAAAGUCAUAUAGCAUAUUGUAAUGUCCCUUAAAGGGCGGUGCUGAAGGUGACAUGCCAUUUUCAUGUUUCAUGUUUGUCGACAGAGCUUGCAGCCUAAUAUUCACCAGUGCUUUGUGUCUUUGUGACUUUUCGUAUGAUCUCUCUUUACAGUUGGGAGGUGACCGUGUGGACCAGCUGUUCUGCAUCCUGCGGCGUUGGAAUACAGACCAGGAGUGUGUUUUGCAUGCGUUUCAUGUCCAUUGAGCAGCAGGAUAUUCAGAGUGUUUCAGAGGAAGAGUGCAAGGAAUUCAAACCUCCCAUCCUGCAACCCUGCAACCAGGUUGACUGUCCUGCAACCUGGGAGACCGAACCAUGGCAGCUGUGCUCUCAGACCUGUGGUGGUGGUGUCCAGGUGCGGAAGGUCUACUGUAAGCAGCUUCUGUCCACAGGGGCGUACAGGACGCUGGGGGACAGUAACUGCCGGGGGCCCAAACCUGCCACCAACAGAGGCUGCAGCAACACGGACUGUCUGCCGUUCAUGGCAGGAGGAGAAUGGGGGAAGUGCUCAGUGACCUGUGGUUUGGGAGUCCAGCGUAGGGAGCAACUGUGUCGCCAGCUGACCACUGUGGGCCACCUAGUGACGCUGGACAGGGAAGAGUGUUCAGGUUUAUCCUCCCCACCACUCAUACGAACCUGCCGUAUGAUGACCUGUCCCAGCAGCUCAGAGAUGUGUGCAGUCCCGUCAUGUGGGAAGGAGUUCUGA